AUGGCCGCUGCCGAGUCCACCGCCGUCGUCCCCUUCUUCUACCGCUUCUUCUUCCAAAACGUCGACCCCCUCAUCGCGCUCUGGGGCGCCUACCUGAACCUCGCCGACCCCUCCGCCGCCGUGCGCGCCUCCGCGCCGGCCUCCACCUACGACCCGCGCCAGGUCUUCCUGUUCCACCAGGCCGGCGGCCUCGCGCUCGCCGUCGCCGUGUUGUCCGCCCUCGUGCCCCGGCGCUCGCGCGACCUCGGCGUCUGGCGCGCGCUGCAGCUCGCGCUGCUCCUCUCGGACUUUGCGGGCCUGAGCGGCAUCUACCACGGGCUCGAGGUGCAGGGCCGCCUGCGCCCGGGCGCGUGGACGGCGGACGACUGGGCGCUGGCGGGCAGCUACGCGCUGCUCACCGCCGUCCGAGCGCUGUUCCUCCUGGGCGUUGGGUUUGGGGGAGCCCCGGCGGCCCCUGCAACGAAGGCGGUCUAA